AUGGUGUCGUCUAGUACAAACUUAAAGAAUUUGGAGGCUAGAUGGGAUGAUUUCCAGAUUGACGAUGAGAAUGAACGUGGCUUGGCAUUUGAUGAAACCGUGGAAAAUGAGGUCAACUUUGACGCGCGGUGGUGCUUGGUCGGUAAGAUACUUUACGAUCGGUCUACUGACUACAAUUCGUUCCGUAAUGUCAUGGCUUCUCUUUGGCGAGCGGUGAAGGGGAUGUUCGUCAAAGAACUUGAGAUAAACAAGUAUUUGUUCCAGUUCUUCCAUGAGUUGGAUAUCAAGCGCGUUUUGGAGGGAUCCCCAUGGACUUUUAAUCAUACUCUGAUUAUAUUGGAGCGGCUGAGUUUAGGAGAAAAUCCAAGGAUGGUCAUUCUGAAUAAGCUGGAAAUAUGGGUGCAAGUUUACGAUCUCAAACCGGGUUUUAUGUCUGAUCGGAUUUUAAAAGCUUGUGGGGCGUAUAUGGGGCAAUUUGUUGCAUCAUGUCCGAAGAACUACACUGGCAUCUGGAGGGAAUACCUGAGGGUGAGAGUGAAGAUUGAUAUAGAAAAGCCACUCAAAAGGAGGAUGAAGAUAUUCACUUCGAAAACAGAUUUUUUCUGGGCUACGUUCAAAUAUGAACGUCUCCCAACUUUCUGUUUUGUUUGCGGAGUCCUGGGACACUCUGAGAGCUUCUGUCAUAAACUUUUCGAUGAAGGAGAUGAGAACAUGUCGCGACCAUAUGGGAUCUUCAUGAGGGCUCCCGACCGCAGAGGACAACGAAAUAUAGGAGCAAGGUGGCUUCGGGAUAAUAUGGCCAGGCCUCUAGAGUCGGCUCCGGAGGUGGUUCGUACGGCGGCAGAGAAUCGUCAAGGGCGUGAGGGGGUUGCUAUGGUGCCGCGGCAUUCUCGGAGCUAA